GUCUUUAAAUGCAUCACUACCCCUUGACUUGGGAAGCUUGGUAAUCUUGAAUGUUGCCUUGAUAUAUACUUUGCCUGGAUGUCUCCGUCGCGAGUCCCCCUCAUCGACUCUUUUCAACUUGAGUGCCGUGAUGUCCCAUGGUACCGUUCAUGAUAUUAUUUUGCCACCAGGCCUCACACGAGCAGAAUACGAUGCACAAACGCGAGUGCCCUUAAUUCUUGCUGGGAACAUCACACCCUUCCUGGUAGCAACUAUUUUUGUCGUUGCGCGCUUUUGGUCGCGCCAGAUCUUAAAAGGGUCAUGGGCACAAGAUGACACCUGGGUCUUUACAUCAUGGAUUGGAUCUUUGGCCCACACACUUCUCAACUGCAGUAUAACAUUCUACGGCAUCGGGCGCCAUUUCACCGUCCAGCUUCCUCAAGAUGCCGUUCGCGUUCUCGUGAUAAGCUACGCCACACGGUUACUAUACCAAUGCAUUCUUGCCACCACCAAAAUUGCGAUCCUGACCCUAUACCUCCGAAUAUUCACAGAUGCCAGGAGUCAAUGCAUGGUGUAUGGGAUGAUAAGCUUUGUUGUGCUCUACACAAUUCCCUGUCUCCUCCUGCUGAUCUUCGAGUGCACUCCUUUCUACGACUCUUGGAACCCCUACAAGUUUCCGCAGACAUGCAUAAACCUCACCAUCCAGGUGUACAUGUCUGCAAGUUUUAACAUCUUCCUCGACCUCCUGAUGGUCGCUUUUGCCGUACCACGCGUCCUGCCCCUUAAACUUCCAAGGCUGCAGAAAACCGGACUUAUUGCGAUUGCAUCUCUCAGCUCCCUGGUCGUCAUCUCAUCGGUCGUUCGACUUAUCCGUAUCAGCACGUUGAACACAAGCAAGGAUCUGCCAUGGGACUCAUAUGACUUUACAACCUGGUCCUCGAUCGAAGUCAACAUCGGCCUCUUCUGCGCGACUGCCCCAGCUAUCAGGCCCGCAGUCCGCGCCAUGAAGGAUGCUCUCCGGAUGAACUCAUCGCCUACUACGAGCCAAGGCGCAAGGUUCCCCACUUCUAUGAGCGGGGGCCUGGAACUAGAAGACGGCGAGGCCUUCAACGGGACACCACCGGCAGUGCCGGCGAAUAGGUAUUGGAUUACUAAGAAGGGGCGGGUCACAGAUCGGGAGCUGAGUGACGCAGAUAGUUCGAAAUGCGUGCUUGAUUCCGUAUCGACGACUAGGUCCCCUGAGAGUGGGAGGACUCGCAGCGCAACAGAGAGCGAUGGGGAGAUGGGGCAGAGGAGGGCGAAGCAGGGAGGUGGGACGCUUUUUGUAUAGAUACCCCUGGGUGGCAGUCGUCUGUUUUUGUAGAGCUUUGGCGCAGGUUUUUCUUCUUGUUACAUACCCUAUCUUGCAUCAUUUAG